AUGCGUAUCCCCGUAGAUCCCGCCACCGGCCGCCGCUUCACGCCGCCCUCCGCCGCCCGCAGCCCGGGCGAGAUGAGCGACGCGCUGCCGCUGGCCGGGCCCGACGGCGGCGGCGGCGGCAGCCUGCUGGGGAAGCUGAGGAGCGCCGACCGCAGCAUGGUGGAGGUCCUGGCCGAUCACCCCGGGGAGCUGGUGCGCACCGACAGCCCCAACUUCCUCUGCUCCGUCCUGCCCACCCACUGGAGGUGCAACAAGACGCUGCCCAUCGCCUUCAAGGUGGUAGCCUUAGGAGAUGUCCCUGAUGGGACUUUGGUCACAGUAAUGGCUGGAAAUGAUGAAAACUAUUCUGCAGAACUCAGAAAUGCUACCGCUGCAAUGAAAAACCAAGUGGCCCGAUUCAAUGACUUGAGAUUUGUGGGUAGAAGUGGAAGAGGGAAGAGCUUCACCUUGACCAUCACAGUCUUCACAAAUCCACCACAAGUAGCUACAUAUCACAGAGCCAUCAAAAUAACAGUGGAUGGACCCCGAGAGCCAAGAAGACACCGUCAGAAACUAGAUGAGCAGACAAAGCCUGGGAGUUUGUCCUUUUCAGAGCGUCUGAGUGAACUGGAGCAGUUGCGUCGUACCGCUAUAAGGGCCAGCCCACACCACCCAGCCCCCACACCUAACCCAAGAGCUUCCUUGAACCACACCACUGCUUUUAACCCUCAGCCUCAAAGCCAGAUUCAGGAUUCAAGGCAACUUCAGCCAUCCCCCCCUUGGCCUUAUGAUCCAUCUUAUCAAUAUCUAGGACCAAUUGCAACUCCAUCGGUGCAUCCAGCGACACCAAUUUCACCAGGAAGGGCUAGUGGAAUGACAUCCCUGUCCGCUGAACUUUCUAGCCGACUGACAGGUGCUUCUGACUUAACAGCAUUCAGUGAUCCGAGAGUAGGAAUUGAUCGUCCCUUCCCUGCAAUUCCUUCUAUUUCUGAUCCUCGCAUGCACUAUCCAGGAGCAUUCACCUAUACUCCCACACCUGUCAGCUCAGGAAUAGGAAUUGGUAUGUCUGCCAUGACCACUGCCACCAGAUACCACACUUAUCUACCGCCUCCAUAUCCAGGUUCUUCUCAGGCUCAAGGUGGCCCAUUUCAAACCAGCUCCCCUUCUUAUCAUCUCUACUAUGGAACAUCAGCAGGGUCAUAUCAGUUCUCCAUGAUGUCUGGAGGAGACCGGUCUCCUCCACGUAUUCUUCCUCCUUGCACUAAUGCUUCUACGGGAUCUACUCUCCUCAACCCCAAUCUUCCAAAUCAAAAUGAUGUGGUGGACACAGAAGGUAGCCAUAGCAACUCCCCAACUAACAUGGGAACCACAGCAAGGCUAGAAGAAGCAGUAUGGCGACCAUAUUGAAUAAAUUACUAGCAAAGAUGAGCUGGGACUAAAAUGUUUUAUCUGCUGAUGUCCAUGGUUUCCUCAUGAAUGACUGUGGGCACUGCCAUGUUUAUAUCUCUCUCUGAGAAACAAUCAAUCCAGAAGUCAUUGUUUCCAGGAAUGGUGUCACAAUGUUAUCCAGUAGGUUAUAGUCAGUGAGGUGAUAACAUUCCAUAAAAGUAUACUU